AUGACUAACAGCGUGUCUUUUCAGGCUCAAUGGAUUCCCAAGGGUGACAACGAGCUGGCCGACUAUUUGAGUCGCACCGUCGAUCCUGAUGACUGGAUGUUACUUCCUGAUUUGUUCAAGUUGAUUACAUUUAAGUGGGGUCCUUUUGAUGUUGACGGGAUGGCGUGCAGUUACAAUACUCAUUUGCCUCGUUUAAAUUCUAAGUUUUGGUGUCCUGGUACUGAAACAGUGGAUUGCUUUACGCAGGAUUGGGGGAAAGAAUGUAACAAUUUUGUUUGUCCGCCUCCAAACCUAAUUAGCGCAGUAUUACAUCACAUGGAAUCUUGUAAGGCUAAUGGCACUCUUGUUGUGCCAGAGUGGGAAUCCGCGCCUUUUUGGCCAUUGCUAUGUUCUUUUGAUCGUUCGCCUUUAUUUCAAGACUUUGUUAAUGAUUUUUGUUGUUUACCUAAAUCACGUGAUAUGUUUAUUCCUAGUAGGGGUUCAUCUUUUGUUUAUUUUAACAAAAGGUCCGUCUUUUCGUGCAUGCCCAAGUUUAAUGUUCUCGCUCUUCGUCUGGAUUUCUCCUGCUAA